AGAGAGAGAGAGAGAGAGAGAGAGAGAGAGAUAAAGCAGCCUCUCGGAGAGAUGAUGAGAGCAUUCCAUUCCUGCCAUCCCAUUCCACUUUUUCUUCUUCAACUCAAAAUCUCAACUUUAUCUCUGAAGAUCCCACAUUUUAAGCCUCCCCUCCAAAAGUUGAGUUCUUUAGCUCUUAUUGCGUUAAUGGUGGAAUUAUAUGAAAGUUAGGGCUCAUCUGUAGGACUCAGAAAACGGUCCCCUUGAGCUUAGAGAGAGAGAGAGAGAAAGAGAGAGAGAGAGAGUGGAGGGAAGGGAUGAAGAAGCUGUUUGGGAGCCCAGGGAAGGUGAGUGGGCUGGCACUGAGAAUUGGGCAGUGCUGUUUUGCUGCCGCUGCUAUUGGGGUGAUGCUUUCUGCUCAUGGAUUCUUCAAUGCCACUGCAUUUUGCUAUUUAAUUGCAUCAAUGGGGCUUCAAGUUGUUUGGAGUUUUGGACUUGCUUGCCUUGAUUUACAUGCUUUGAGGUCAAAGAGAAGCUUGCAGAAUCCCAUUUUAGUGAGCCUAUUUGUUGUUGGGGAUUGGGUGACGUCUACUCUGUCAUUAGCCGCUGCAUGCUCAUCAGCGGGGGUGACAGUUCUGUACUCGAGAGAUUUGAAUUACUGCAGCAGGCCAAUUCAUCUUCCAUGCAGCAGGUUCCAAAUUGCCGUUGCCUUUGCUUUCAUCUCAUGGUUCCUCCUUGCUGUUUCGUCCAUUGUCAUGUUUCGGUUGUUAGGCGCAGUCUGAGCUUGAAAAAAUUCUACAUAUUCUUCAAUUUGCCCCUGUAAAUACAUCUGAGAACUGUUGUCCCUAUAUGGAGAGAAAUCUACAACUACGGGGAUGCCACUAGAGCAGUAUCCCGAGCCAGCCAGCCGUGCAGUGUAGUUAGCUUGAGAUACUGUUAUAAUGGCAUUCCCGUUGCAUGAAAAUCCUUCUCCGUCUUGUAGGUUCAUAAGGUUUUGAUCUUCUGGAUGGAUUUCCACUUGUCAAUCACAAUUCUUGAGCAGCUCCAUCCUUUGAUUGGGACAAGAGGUGUGGGGUCCAUGACUUGAAAAUCAUCAUGUGUGUUAAUUUUUGUAAUGGAAGUAGGUCUGCUGUCUCUAGAGUGUAAUCAUUUUGCUGUACUGUUGGCUCUCUUGCUUUGCUUUAUUUUAUCUGGUGGAAUUUCACAUGGUAGACCACACUUGAUUA